UCACACAUCCCAAAUUUAUAAAAUACAAACCACGUGUUGCAACACAAAUAUUCCACAAUCAUUUUAAAUCUAUAAAGCUCCUUUCAACAACUCAUCAUUCUCCCAGUUCAUCACUCAUCUCAUCACCAUCCAUGGCCUCAAUGGGUUCUCUGAAAAUGAUCUCUUCUUCUCUCAAACUCUCCAACCCAAGUUCCAUUCCUCCUAAUCAAACCCAAAACCAAGUAGUUUCUAGUCUUAGUCAAUCCUUCCCAACCAAAAGUUUCAAAAUUUCAGCUUCCCCACAAGUACCUUCAACCAAAAGGAGUUCCAAGAACACCACCACCACUGCAUUCUUCUUCAGCAACAACUCAAAGCAGGAUCAUGAUUCUUCAAGGCCUGCCAAAGUUCAAGAACUCUCAGUCUAUGAGAUCAAUGAACGUGAUCGUGGAAGUCCUGCAUACCUUAGGCUAAGUCAAAAGCCUGUGAACUCUCUUGGAGAUUUGGUUCCAUUCAGCAACAAACUCUACUCUGGGAACUUGGAAAAGAGAUUAGGGAUAACAACAGGUUUAUGUGUGCUGAUCCAAAAUGUUCCUGAAAAAAAGGGUGACAGAUAUGAAGCCAUUUACAGCUUCUACUUUGGAGACUAUGGCCACAUAUCAGUGCAAGGAGCUUACCUCACAUACCAGGAUACAUAUCUUGCUGUAACUGGAGGCUCUGGAAUCUUUGAAGGUGUUUAUGGUCAGGUGAAGCUUCAGCAACUUGUGUUCCCAUUCAAGCUGUUCUACACCUUCUACUUGAAGGGUAUUCCUGAUUUGCCUGCUGAGCUUCUAGGGAAGCCUGUUGAUCCUUCACCAGAUGUUGAGCCUUCUCCUGCUGCUAAAGCUACAGAGCCUCAUGCCACUUUACCAAACUUCACCAACUAAUGAUGUGGUUGAUGUUGAUCUUUUCUCAGAAAAUUUUCAUUUUUGAAUCUGAAAUAAAUUCUAGUUUUGCCCUGUUUGGCUGUGUUUGAAAGUUGUUUUGUUUGUGCUGGAUUAGAAGUGGUAGAUGCAUUAGCCAAAACAUAAUUGGAAUUACAUUUGUUCUCCUAGAAAAUUGAUUUGGCACCGGUUUUCUUAUAGCA